GAAGAAAAUAAAAUGCAAAGGGGUUUUGGUAUCGAAGUUCCUUUCGUGUGGACGAUGAGGCUUUGAAACAUUGAAAACGGCAAGAUGCCUCGAAGUCUGUCGCGCUCGCCGUCUUACCGAAGGAGAUACUCACCGGCGUCCCCGGUGCCUCACCACCGCCACAACCGAAGGAGCCGAAGGGAUCGAAGCCGAAGUCGCUCUCCCUAUUCCAAUUCCCACUCCAGGCGAAGAAGUCAUUCUAGUUCCUCACGUCGCCAUAGAAGCCGCUCACCAUCCUACAGGCACCGGCAUCAGUCUCCAGCACCUAGGCGACACAGAAGACAAAGAAGUAGGAGUACUUCUUUGUCUCCUUUACCCAAGUCUCGGAGUCCAAGUAUUGCUUCUGCUGAACGCAAAAGUGCCACUGAGAAACUGAAAAGAGAGGAGGAAGAAAAGAAGAGGCGUCAACAAGAGGAAGAACUAAAACUAUUAGAAGAAGCGACUGGAAGAAGGCUGGAGGAAGCUAUUCGGAAAAAUGUUGACGAGAGGUUGAAUUCUGAGGAAGUCAGGUUAGAAAUAGAGAGGCGAAUAGAGGAAGGUCGAAAGAAAUUGUUUGAUGAUGUUGCAACUCAACUUGACAAAGAAAAGGAAGCUGCUCUGGUUGAAGCAAGACAGAAAGAAGAACAGGCCCGAAAAGAGAGAGAAGAGCUGGAUAAGAUGCUAGAAGAGAAUAGGAGGAGAGUGGAAGAGGCUCAAAGAAGGGAGGCUUUAGAGCUGCAGCGGAAAGAGGAGGAACGGUACCGUGAGUUGGAGCUCAUUCAAAGACAAAAAGAGGAGACUGCUUGGAGAAAAAAGCUAGAAGAGGAAGAAGCAAACCAAAUGAAAUUGUUGGGUAAGAGUAAACCCAAGCCGAAGCUUUCUGGUAUUGGUUUACAAUGAUGAUUUCCCUUGCUGCAGAAACUGUUUAUUAGAACUUAUAUUUGAACAAUAUUUUAUAAAAUAGCUUUGGUUUUGCCACA